AUGCCCGGCUUCCGCCGCUGGGGCAAGUCCAAAUUCGAGCGGAAUCCCGAGUCGUCGUUCAAGCUCCUCGCGGCCAUCAUCGUCAUCACCCUGUACCUCCUCAUCAAGGAGUUCCAGAACCCGACUGUUCGAGAGAGGGACAUACCCAAGUUUGGCGCACAAAUACAACAUGCGGAUUGGAAUGGAACGGGCAAGGCGGAUGAGGCACGGGCGAAGAGCGUGCGGGAUGCCAUGAAAUAUACCUUUUGGAAGUACAGGGAGAACGCCUGGGGCUGCGAUGAUAUCCUGCCUGUGUCGGGAGGCAACUCGUCUUCCAGAAAUGGGUGGGGAGCUUUCAUCGUGGACUCCGCGAGCACUUUGGCACUCAUGGGGCUAUGGGACGAGUUGGCGCAUUCUCUCGAGCACAUACUCGCUAUCGACUUCACCGAAACGAAGGACCUUGUCGACCCAUUCGAGACUACGAUACGAUACCUGGGCGGGCUUCUGUCUAUUGUGGACAUGUAUGACACCGGGCUCAUUCCGGAAGACGUACUGAGCGAAGAGGCACGCGAUCUUGUACUGGAGCACGCUGUCACCCUCGCGGUGAAGCUUGCUCCAGCGUACGACACCCCCACAGGCAUGCCAUGGCCUCGUGUCGACUUUGAAACAGAGCAGGGCGAGCCAGAUCCUUCCUUCGUCUUCAGCGACGACCCAACCAAACACGGCUACGACCAACACCCCGCUAUAGGCCCUGCGCGAACUGGCUCUUCCAUCCUCGAAAACCGCGUCUUAACCAGAUUGACUGGCAACUUGACAUACACGCAGAACUCGACGAACGCGUGGGCGCCACUCGUAUGGUCGAAGUGGAAGACACCGUGGGCAGGCAUGGUCGACGCGCCCGUUGACAUCAUGACAGGAGAGCCAGUGGGCCGCCAGAGGCACUGGGAUGGCGGGCAUGAUUCGUACUAUGAGUACCUUGUCAAGAUGACCCUCUUAGCACCGCCAACAGAUCCCCAUCUCGGCACAUACAAACACCGCUUCACAGACGCGGCGUACUCCUUACGCAAACACCUCAGUUCCCGCUCCGCACCAGCGCCCGAUCACUACAUGCAGCACCUCUACAUCGGUCGAUACAACAAAGAUUAUGAGAACCAGCAAGGACAUCUCGCUUGCUUCGCACCCGGUACCAUCCUCCUCGCAUCCAGACUCUACGACGAACCCUACCUCCGUACCUUUGCGCUCGCGCUCCUCGAAGGCUGUCGCCACUCGUAUACCUCCACACCUACCAAGAUCGGUCCAGAGACAUGGGCAUGGAUACCCAAGUUCGGAUACGACGAUCCGCUCUUCAUCCCAGAGACCGCGCGUCAAGAGCGAGAAGCGAUAGCUAGCGGCAUCUGGGCGCUAGAACCAGCAUACAAAGGCCGGCCUGAGUAUGUGGAGAGCCUAUUCUACGCAUGGCGCAUAACGGGCGAGAAACGGUAUCGCGAGUGGGCAUGGGAAGCUUUCUCGGCUAUGGAGAAGCAUUGCAAAGCGCCGUUUGGAUACGCACAACUGGCUGACGUGUACGAUACGAAGUCAAAGGGCGAGGACAAAUGGGUAGAUAUGCAAGAGAGCUUUUGGGCUGCGGAGACGUUGAAGUAUCUUUGGCUAACGUUCUCGGACGUUGAGGUCGCGAGUUUGGAUAGCUGGGUGUUUAGCACUGAGGGGCAUCCGUUUCGUAUGAUGCGUUGA